AUGUUUGUGCUCAAGAAGUUUCUCAAUAGCUCCGACGCUACAGUUGAGGCAGUCUCUAAGAUUGUGCCGGUGUCAAAUGAACCUGCAACAUGCGAUGCUUCCGAGUGUCACACCCGUUACUCUGAAUCUUGUUUCAAACUCUCGCCCGCUGCUGUCGCAACGCCACUUUGGGAGAGUGCCAAAGCUCCUGAAUUGCAUGUUUUGGUAUCUACAGGGAAAACCGAUUGGAGCCACGAUGCGUUUGAUGCCCCGAACACUGUUUUGGCCAAAAUAUCGCAAACAGUCAAUGGCGCAAUAUCCAAAAAAUUCAAUAUCUCGACAAAGAUCAACACUACUUCCUUGGCCUUAAACACCAAUGAAUUCGAGGCUUACAGCAAACAGGAAAAAUGCGACGUGCUGCUCUUGCCAUAUUUCGUGUGGUGCAAGGGGAUUACCAUAGAAAACUGUGAAGAUGCUCUGACAGAGUUAAUUAGUACAUUUGUCAGUCAACAGCCACUUCCAGAAACAGUGCAUGGUUGCACUAUUGAGAAAGACCAGAGUAAGUCAUAUAUUUUGCUCUGUUCCCACCGUACAAGAGAUAAGAAGUGUGGCAUCACGGCUCCUAUCAUGAAGAAAGAAUUUGAUUCCCAGCUCCGUGAGCUGGAGCUAUACCGAGAUCCAGGAGAUGACAGACCUGGUGGGGUUCCAGUGAUCUUUGUGAACCAUGUUGGAGGCCACAAGUUUGCUGCUAAUGUGCUUAUUUAUAAUCGCGAGGGAGAAUUUGUGUGGUUUGCGCGGUGUACUCCUCUUAAUGUCAAGCCAAUUCUACAAGAAACCAUUGGCAAAGGAAAAGUAUUCCCGGAGCUGGUGAGAAAUGCACGCAAAUAUGCUGUCACAUGGUGA